AUGCUCACCCUCUCCUCCAUCAUCCUCCUCGCCUUAGCAUGCGCCUGGUUCACCCUCCGCUCCCGCCGCAACCGCCGCCACUCUCCCCCCCUCCCCCCCGGCCCAAACAUCCUAACAGCCCACCUCGCCGGUCCCACCAACUACGCAGCCUUCACAAAAUGGACACGCCAAUACGGGCCCAUCGUCAGCGCCAACAUAGGCACAAAAACCUACGUCAUCCUCGGCACGCGCCGCGCCGUGCAAGACCUGCUCGAAAAGCGCGGCAACAUCUACAGCUCGCGCGCCCCGUCCGUCCUCCUGGACAGAUACCUGCACAAGGGUCUCGCGGCGGCGUUCAUGCCGUAUGGUCCUGAGUGGCGGCUUAAUCGGCGGCUGCACGCGAGUGUGCUCAAUGUUCGCGCUGUGGAUAUGUAUCGCGGGCUGCAGGAUAGUCAGAGUAGGGUUUUGAUGCGUGGUUUGCUGAGUAGUAGUGACUUUGGUUCUGCAUUCCAUAACUACACUGCAGACCUGAUGUUCACGCUUGCGUUUGGUAAGGGAAGAGGGAAGGGCAAAGACGACGCAGACCAUCGCCGCAUCGAGCAGAUCAAUGAGAUGGCGACUUUCGUGCUACAGGGUGCGUCAACGAUGGGGGUAUUACUAGAGCUCUUCCCUUUCUUAGAUGUCCUUCCCCAAGGACUCAUCAUGCGCUGGCGCGCCCAAGCAGCUAUUAUACACGAGAAGACGAAGCGUGUAUACAGCGAGUGCUGUCGCAGCGCGCUGGAGGCUACUGAUUGCUGGAACUGGGCGCGGGAGAUUACGAGCACGCAGCGUAAGGCAGCGGGUGCUGAGACUACCUUGCUGAGGGACGACGACGCGCUGAGCUACUCUAUUGGCGAGCUGUACGUGGCUGGUGUGCAUACCACGCGGAUGGUGCUUGAGAUUGUGGUGUUGGCUGCACUGCGGUACCCAGACACCGUGAGGCAGGCACAAGCGGAGCUAGACGCCGUGGUUGGCGAAGAACGCAUGCCGGAUUUUACGGACCUCGACGCUGACGGGCUUCCCUACAUCCGCGCGUUCGUGUGCGAAGCACUCCGCUGGAAACCCAUUUCCCCGAUCGCAGUCCCGCACGCUGUCAUCCAGGAUGACGAGUACAUGGGGUAUCGGAUUCCGCGCGGGGCGACUGUUAUCGCGAACCAGUAUGCUAUGAAUAUGGAUGAAGAAGUCUGGGGUGAUCCGGGGGUGUUUCGGCCGGAGAGAGAAGAAGAGAAAAUGUCCAACUUUCACCUCACACCCAUCGACCUCAACGACCCAUUCCAAUUCACGGAACUCGCUCACCAACGUCGUCUCUGCGGCUGGGACUAUGACCCCGCUACCUUGACUACUUGGAAGCAACGGCAGACAGAUGGGUUGAAAGUGCUGUUCUGGAUAGUCACGUCAUCUACCUCCUCAUCUACCCCAUCUAGACCCUCAUCCUCCAAUACACCCACACCCACAGACGCAGACACAAGCACACAAACACCACCAACAAUCCGCAGCGGCCACAUCUCCCUAGAACCAACCUCCACCCCCAAAAUCUUCUCCCUAAAAACCCUUUUCAUCCACCCCACCCACCGCCGCAGCGGCACCGGCCGCCGCGCAAUGCAACUCAUCGAAAAAGAAGCCUCCGCGCGGGGCGCGCAGUGGCUGGAGCUGACAGCCCUGAGCAAGCGGUAUGUGUAUGAGCCCGAGUGGAGGGGUAUCUGGGAGACGAAAUUUGGGGUGGCGCCGCCGGCGUUUAGUGUGCAGGAGUGGUAUGAGGGGAUGGGGUUUGUGGUGUGGAAGGAGGAGCCUGUUACGGAGGAGAGGGGUCUGGAUGGGGAGGUUGUGUUUUUGUGGGAGGCUUUUAUGAGGAAGAGGCUGUAA